CCUGGUGGGCUACAGUCCAUGGGAUUGCAAAGAGUUGGACAUGACUAAGCGAGCAUGGGCAUUGAGCUGACCCACCAUGACCUCUUCUUAACUCGAUUACACCUGCAAAAAGCAUCUUUCCAAAUAAGGUCACAUUCACAGGUCCUCGAGGUUAGAACUUGACCUCAUCUUUCGGGCGGGGGGCCACGAUUCUACUCACUUCAGUAGCCUCGGCAAAAUACUAACACAGUAUGCACACACAGUGGGUCUUCAACAAAUAAUAGUUUCCGUUACUCUUCUGAACAGUUUGGGAAAACCUUUGUGCACCUUUCUGACUGAAUUUUGCUGUAUUUUCAGGCCUUUGAGGUUUAGAGUAUCAAUAAAACCAGAGCAUUUCUGUUGUUUUUUGGUAACGCACAGCUUUUCUUUGCAAUAUGAUGCUCUUCUGGGCUCUGUAUAAGAGCUGCCAUGCAUCUCAAUUGCGGAAUACGUUUGGCAUUUGGAUUUUGAGUGACUUUGGCCCCAUGCUGUCAAGGUUUGCUUCGGGCACUUUUGUCUUGCUUAACGAUGCAAAACAGAAAAUGCUCACAAAUGGUUACCCCAAAAUGAGGCCUGUCGUUAUUGCUUCUUUUACCUCCGGGGCCCCAAACUGCAGAAACUUAUUCACUGCGAGACAACGAGGACUCUAAAUCUCCCGCCUCCAUAUAUUACAUUUCAUAUUACACUCGAACACGGCAAAAUUAAUUGUGGCCGAGGCAGGGAAGACAGGAAAAACCUAUAAUGGUUUAUCGUAUUUUGCAGGCUUCGUGAGGACCAUAAAUUUAAAGCAUAUAGGAAUUGUAUUUAUUCCUGAGAUUUCACAAAUUUGUCACGCUCCCUUUCUCUGAGGAUGACAAGUGCUUCAAGACAACAGAAUCUCUGAUUUGGAAGCAGAAAAGGAGGCGACUGUGGAGAUGUUCCCAGAGAGCCAGCUGCUCCCUGGGAACAACUUUACCAACGAGUGCAACAUUCCAGGCAACUUCAUGUGCAGCAACGGGCGGUGCAUCCCCGGCGCCUGGCAGUGCGACGGACUGCCCGACUGCUUCGACAAGAGUGACGAGAAGGAGUGCCGGUCCGUUAAGGAACUUAUCCAUACCCGGAGGACAGAAAUACAGAAUGGUUUCAGCCAGAGCUGGGAUGGCCUGGGCCGAGGUCUCCAGGCCAAGGCUAAGUCGAAAUGUGGCCCGACCUUCUUCCCAUGUGCCAGCGGCGUCCACUGCAUCAUCGGCCGCUUCCGGUGUAACGGGUUUGAGGACUGUCCAGAUGGCAGCGACGAAGAGAACUGCACAGCAAACCCUCUGCUCUGCUCCACUGCUCGCUACCACUGCAAGAAUGGCCUCUGCAUUGACAAGAGCUUCAUUUGUGACGGGCAGAAUAACUGUCAAGACAACAGUGACGAGGAAAGCUGUGAGAGUUCUCAAGAACCAGGCAGCGGGCAGGUGUUUGUGACCUCGGAGAACCAGCUCGUGUACUACCCCAGCAUCACCUACGCCAUCAUCGGCAGCUCCGUCAUCUUCGUGCUGGUGGUGGCCCUGCUGGCGCUGGUCCUGCACCACCAGCGGAAGCGCAACCACCUCAUGACGCUGCCGGUGCAGCGGCUGCAGCACCCCGUGCUGCUCUCCCGCCUGGUGGUCCUGGACCACCCCCACCGCUGCAACGUCACCUACAACGUCAACAACGGCAUCCAGUACGUGGCCAGCCAGGCCGAGCAGAACGCGUCGGAAGUGGGCUCCCCGCCCUCCUACUCAGAGGCCCUGCUGGACCAAAGACCCGCCUGGUACGACCUUCCUCCGCCACCCUACUCUUCAGACACUGAGUCUCUGAACCAAGCCGACCUGCCCCCUUACCGCUCCCGGUCCGGCAGUGCCAACAGCGCCAGCUCCCAGGCAGCCAGCAGCCUCCUGAGCGUGGAGGACACCAGCCACAGCCCGGGGCAGCCUGGCCCGCAGGAGGGCACCGCUGAGCCCAGGGACUCCGCGCGCAGCCAGGGCACCGAAGACGUAUAAACUCCGGCUCUUCCAAAGUCUCUAUGGGUUCAUCUGCUCUGACCUUGGCUGUCCUAACAACUUGCGCUUACGGGAGGCUCCUCGGGGUCCCUCAAGGAGUGAUUUGGAGUGUCAGCUGUCUCUCCAGUCACCUCCUUGCCCAGAUUUCAGGAAUGUUCUUUGGAGGGUGACGUGCCUUGUUCUGGCUCUCAGUUGACGUGUUUUUUGGUGCAUCUUUUCUGGGCACUUACUCUUCCCUCGAGGCCGAGGAUCACAGCCUCGCUCUCCAAGUCGUUCUUCUGUUACUGCUGGAAUCGUGCUGAGGCGGUGGCGUAAGUUUGCAGGUGGCGGGUGAAUGUGGUACUCAGGUACUGAGAAAGCAGUGUUUGUGUCAUAUGGGACGUUCAGAGGGGCAGAGGAGACUGGACCAAAUUCUGUGUGGGCUGUCACUUAGAGCUCCACCUGGGGAUUCGGGUUGGGUGAUCCUCCCAGGAGGCCGUCACUGGAUGUUGCAUUAGGCUGCACGUUGCUCUUGGGUCAGCAGAGCCUGGGGCCAAAGAAAACUGUUGCUGUGAGUAACGCCCUUCAGAAGUCAGUGGUGUUGUUUUGGUUUUCUGAAGGACUCUGAAACCAUCAAUUCUGGAGAGAUUCUGGAUUUAACAAUUUGCCCAAGAGUCCUCAUCUUGAGAGCUUUUUCCAGCGUCAUAUACCAUCAGCCUCAUCCCAGAAUAAGCAGGGAGCCCCCACCACGAGUUUAUCCAAGUUCUCAGCUCCUAAAAUACAGGCUGGCAAGAACCCAGGUCUGCUUUGGUCCACAGUCCUUUCCCUGGUUUCUGAUUGUCACCCUCCCAGCUGUGACUUGCCUUAGCCAAAAGAUGAGGACUAAACCUGAAUUGGCCAGAAAUCUGAUCUGGUCCUUCUGUCCCCGUAAACCACGCCCAGCCUGCCUUGCCCAUUCACGCAGCUUCAACCCUCACCUCCCAAGUGCCCCCAGACACUCAGAAGUCAUUCUACCUGUGCAGUUGGGCAUGAGGACACUGUGGGUUUCUAACUCACAUGAAAACCUAAUUCAGUACCUGCCACAAGAGCUCCCCAUUCUUGGGCUGCACUCACCCCCCACUUCCCGAGGCCUAGCCAGAUACCAGCACCAAGAUUUAGGAUUAGGGUCAGAGCAAGAAUCAGACCUCUCCAGACAUCCCAUAGUUUCUUCUCUGAGAGACGUGGAUCACAGACAGUUUGGAGUCAAGAUUUGCCAUUCGGACUUUUUGUUUUAUAAUCUCUUAGAAAUGCAUUUGAAACAGUGUGUUUGUUUUUUCCCUUCUAGUUAAGGGACUAUUUAUAUGUGUAUAGGAGAGCUGUCUUUUGUUUUUCCAUUCGCGAGGUCCAAGCAAAGAUGCAAAAGAUCACGCUUUGUCCCGCUGAGCUCUAAUAACCAGUCCCCCCGCCCCCAGACUGCCCUGUGUGCCAGGCAUCUGUGCGUUGUUGCACUUUGAGUUUUUAUUUAUCGAGUUCGUGAAGGAUGCAGAAAGACCAAUGCCCUUUCUCCCUCAGUUCAUGGUCUCUGUGUUCAGGCUCACCUUCCUCUUUCUCCGUGCCCAGCCAGCCACAGCGCCCACCCCCUCAGGAAGUCAUGGGUGGAAAUGUAGAUGUUAUUUGUCAAGAAACCACACUGACUAAUGGGGGGAACAAAACUGAAACCAGGCGGAGCCUGGGGCAGCUGUCAUGCCUACCGGCUUCCCACAUGCUCAGUAACUUCUUUGAUGCUAAUUUAAACAGAGCCUGCAGGAGGGGGGACGAAGUGGCAUUCAGUGAUCCUGUUCUGUAGACUUUUUUUUUUAACCAAAUUGAAAGUGUGCUACAGGAAAGCUAGCCACUUGGUGAUUUUCAAGUUAAGAAAAGAAACCUAGUUGCUUACGUCUUUUCGUUUUUAAAAUAACAUGCGUUAUUUUCUGAGUAGUCCAGUGAAGAGAGAACUUUAGGUGGCAGCCGGAGUGUGUGAGGAACUCUGGCCGAAUAUUUCCUAUCAUGUGAGUCAGAGUGGCUUCGUUUCUCCCCUUGGUGGGCCCCUGCUUCUUUCUGGUGCUCUGGAAAUUGUUUAGAGGAAAGGAUUCUAAUUUUAAUUAAUUGUGCAGUGAAUUAAUUUCACACAUCCUUCAGCUUCCAGGCAUCUUAGGAAAGACAAAUGGUCUUAGUCGAUAAGGAGAGCCUAUUAAUGUUGUUUUUUCAAAUAAACACAGGGACAUUUUUAUUAUAGAUUUGAUUUUUUUAAAUGGUGGGUUUUUAAAAAAGAUAUAAAUAGGACACCAAAGCAGCAGAGUUUUGUUUUUUCCCCUACUUAAGAUAGCAAAUAAGUGGCCAGCAUUAUUUCUUUAACUCAUUCCAACCAGGAUAUUUUUUUAAUACAUGGCAUAAAUGUGUGCCAACCAGAAAAUCAUCUUUGCUCCCUUUUCUCAAAUAAGAUCAGCAUUUAUUUUAGCAUUGAAAUCGUUCCACUGUGAUCAGUCACUUAUCACCUGCCCUCAAUCCCUUUACUUUGAAAUUGACAUUUUUAAAAAACACAAGGAAGUGGUUAAUAAAUAGCAUGUGAUGUUCAAAGUUGAUGUAAACUGGAAAGGUUAUGUGUGGUUGCUUUUUUGAUUAGGUUUUUUUUUUUUAAUUUUUAUACUUUCAAAUAAAUUUGCAGUUUCAUUCUUUC